ACUGAUAGCCAAAGAAAAGGCAGUUGCAGUUUUCUGUUGGCAAAGGUUUCAGUACUUUGUGCAGUGGAAGAUCGAACUGACACUACAGCACAUCUGUUGCCAUGUGCAGAUGUGCUCUAUUGCAUAACAGGUACUCAGUAUUAUUGAAUGGACUGCUGGUUAAGGGCAUGCUGUGAGUGAUUAGCAUCUCAAGGUUUGUGUGUGGGGGUGUGUAGGUGGGUGUUUGUGUGUAAAAGAGUGAGUGGGACAAACUGCAGCAUUCUCUCCACUGCAUCACUCUCUGCAUAGUGUGUGUCUAGAAGGGCCCCUCCCAUGUCAGGGAUAUCCCCUCUGAACACACAUACACCGUCUGGAGGAUAGAAAAAGGGAGAGAGAGAGAUUAAGAAAGGUAACAAGGAGAGGGAGAGAAAACGGGAGAGAAUGGAAAGUAAGACGUGGUGAAAAAGUGAGGUUCUUAGGGUAAUGGUGAGAGGGUGAGGUAAGUUAGAGUGAAGUGAGGUUUGAGAGAGAGAGAGAGAGAGAGAGAGAGAGCGCUGGGUGCAGUUCCAGCUGGCUCUGCUCACACUGCUGAUUGUACCGGCGCGCGUAUGAGUGUGUGUGUGAGUGUGUGUGUGUGUGUGUGUGUGUGUCUCUUGGUCGCUCGGGCAGCCCCAGGGCAGCCCGGGGGGGCUGGGCAGGAGAGCUGUGGAUCUGCAGGACUCACACACACACACACACACACACACACACACACACACACACCCCCACACCCUCAUGCCUGCAUGUGGGCAGUGUUAGACUGAGACUGGACAGCAGCACAACUGUACUGGACAGGUCAGGCGGAUCAUGGAGGUGAGGCAUGGCCGGCUGGCCCCGGUGGGCUUUGAGCAGCUGAAGGGGCGUCCUGACCUGGCCCCCACCGCAGCCCGACCAGCUGCCUCUGUUUACAGCACCGUCCAGCAACAGGACUACCUGGCCAGUGUGUGGCUCAGCAAGAAAGAGAAGCUGGAACAUUCUCAGCAGAAGUGCAUUGUGAUCUUUGCUCUGGUGUGCUGCUUUGCUGUCCUGGUGGCUUUGAUAUUCUCAGCAGUGGACGUGUUGGGAGAGGAUGAAGAUGGCAUCAACGAGGAGAACUGCAGCAAAAACUGCCAAAUAGUGCUUGUGGAGAAUAUUCCAGAAGACAUCUCCAUUUCACAUGAGGGUACGAUGCCAUUGACCAUGGGGCUUCAUGGCCUUCUGGACCUGGCCCAAAAAUCGGUGGAGAUUGUGUCACCUUUGUGGGCUCUGAAUUCUACAGAUCACGAGUCUCGCUUUGCCCGAGCCAAUCAGGGUCAGCUCCUGCUCCAGCGGCUGAUGGGCUUGAAGGCUCGGAAUGUUCAUUUGAAGGUGGCAAAUGGAAUUCCAAAGAACAUCUCAACACCAGAGCUCACACGUCUUACUAACUAUGGCGCGGAAGUGCAUUAUCUGAACAUGACUGCCCUCACCAACGGCAAACUCCAUUCCUCCUUCUGGGUUGUGGACAGGAAGCACAUGUACAUUGGCAGCGCUGGCAUGGACUGGAGAUCACUGUCUACGAGGAAGGAGCUGGGAGUCAUUAUAUAUAAUUGCAGCUGCCUGGUGCUGGACCUCCACAGAAUAUUCAGUCUCUACUGGCAGCUACAGUUCAGAGACUUUGUGCCAGCUAUAUGGUCCAAGAGGCUGAAUGCACUCUACAACAAAGAAAGGACACUUGGGCUUCAACUGAAUGGCACCAACACCACAGCCUAUGUCUUGAGUUCUCCAGAUGCCUUCUGCCCCAAAGAUCGAACCCGAGACAUUGAGGCAAUUUUGCGUGUCAUUCAGGAAGCCAAGAGGUUCAUCUAUAUCUCCAUAACGGACUAUCUGCCUCUCGUCUUUAGUAAUUCACACAGCAAAUACUGGUCACGCAUCGAUGGGAUGCUCCGAGAGGCCUUGAUCUUGAAGCACAUCAAAAUUCAUCUGCUGAUAAGCUGCAGGGAGCAGACGCACCCUCUCACCUUUAAUUUCGCAUGGUCUCUGAAAAGCCUGUGCAUGGAAAUGUCCAACUGCUCAAUGGAAGUGAGAUUCUUUAGCCCUCGGCUGCAAGAGGAUGGAUCUCUCCAAGGCAUCAACCAUCACAGAUACAUGGUGACUGACAACUCUGUGUAUAUAGGGAACUUUGAUUGGGUGGGGAACGAGUUCUUGUACAAUGCUGGAGCUGGACUGGUCAUCAGUAAGGCGGUGGGUUUGACAGGGAAGAGCUCCACUGUAGUGGAACAGAUGAAGGCCGUCUUUGAUCGAGACUGGUACUCCGCAUACACUAAAACUCUGCAACCAAACAAAAUUCCUACGUGCAGCACAAUCACUGUCUUCCCCAGUUCACUUUUAAAAGGCCAGACGGGUCACGUAGAGCAUGGGAAUGGCCCGAACACCUCUGUAUGAGACACUGAGGCAAGGAGUGGUGGGUCUAUAUGGGCUUUUUUCAUAUCAAUUUGUUGAUUGUGUCAUUGCUUACAGAUUACAUCAUUCAUUUUAUAACACUGACUGCAGUUUGUAAUGCCGUUUUUAUUUUAUAGCUGAUUGUCCACAGAACACCAGUGAGGCUUUUUUUUGUUUUAAACCAAUUUGGGGGUAAAUCUACCCGCUCAAUAGACAACACCUAGCACUAAUCGAACAUGAAGUCAGCUAUAUAUACAUUUUUUUAUCAUCUAAAUGAAAAUAAAAUGACAUUGUCACAAACAUAUUUUAAGCAAAUCUUUUGGGCUGGGUUAUAGUGCUAAAAAGGACAGGCAUCCUUUAAUGGCAGAACGAUGACAAUUACUGUAUAUAGAGCAGUGAGUUACUGUGAUCACUGUAUACUCUAAUGUAUAAGGCAUGAAAUCCUAUUUAUUAUUAUGGGAAGAACAUUUAUUCAGCUUUGUAAUUUAUGACCUUGCUUGUUUGUUUGUUUGUUUGUUUGUUUAUUUAUUUAUUUAUUUAUUUAUUCAUUCAUUCAUUCAUUCAUUCAUUCAUUUGAAGUCUCAUUAAAUGUUACCAGCAUCAUUUUAAUAAUUAUAUAAGUCUGUUGAGAUGAGAAGCCAUUCUCUUUGCAAGUAUGUGGCUGUUUUUAUACUGCACAUUAUGUAUACAUUUUUAUACUUCGGUGUACUGUAUGUCAUUCAUAUUAUGUGUUUUAUAACAAAUUGGGAUUUAUUACAUCAAAGGAAAGAUGCUUCUCACUGUUGGAAUGUAGCACUAAGCAACUUUAUUUCAACAUAAAUUUAGGGCAAAUUUCAGACAGUAGAUCCUUUUAUUCCCAAACAGAAUGUGCUUCAUUUUUGUCAGCAUUAAUCUGAGACAUUUCAGUGAUGAUGCCACUUUUAUUUUAAUUGAUUAAGAGAAAAAAACGUAAUUGAAUCCCUGACCUUGCAUUGUUGAUUGCACUGGACUAGCUUUGCUGAUCAGUCCGUUUAAAUGAUGGGAAAUCAGCAUGACUGUUUUUUGAUUUUAAGCAGAUGUUAACGUCGAAUCAUUUCUGUCUUGCUGUUGAGCACAUACAUAUUUUACAAUUAUGUUGAGAACAGAGACUAUAUUUUUCUAUCUGUUUUCUUUGACCAGAGAAGUGCAUUUCAUGUAGCCACUUUGUUGGCCAUUUUAGUAACUUCUUUAUCAUUACUUCUUUUUUUUUCCAGAAGGAAAUUUAUAUUUUUAUAUUGCACUAUGUUCUACUUUCUUUAUGCUCAUCUGAAAAAAAGUGUGUGAGUAGCACAUACCAAAGGUUUGAGAUAAGUGUUGUUAUUCAUUCAUAACUAGUUAAAUUCUAUAUGUAAACGAUUCAUAGAAUGAAGACAAAACUGCUGCUGCUCUGGUCCAGGUCUCAGAAUAUUUUAAGAGUGUUUUAGCUCACUCUGCCAUCUUCUGGUGAUCUUGCUAUGAUUGUUUUGCUGUAGUGGUAGGAACCAGACGUUGAAGAGUUUAAUGCCCCUGCAGGUGUUUUUUUUUUUCACAGAAUGAUGAUACAUUCAUCACCUGACAUCUGAGACCACAGGGAAGAAAGUUAGAUAAAGUUUUCCCAAAUAAAACUUUUUGUUAACAUUAAUUAUAUUAUAAUAAUUAUAAUAAUCAAGAAUUUAAAGAAAUCUGAGUCACUCAGACCCUGUUUACACCUGGUAUUAACAUCUGUCUUGAGUGAUCUGAUCAUAAGUAGACAGUGAGACAUAUAGCCAUUUACACCUGGCACUUUCAUGAGUCUCAAAUGCGUCUUUAGUGACCACAUGUAAUUGGAUUUUGUGACAGGAGAAAGGGGACCACCCUCAUUUAUAACAGCAAUCUCUUGCUGUGUUUGUUAUUAGAUACAAAUUUCUAUGUGAGUCCUUGUUCGUGUUAAUGUAAGGGCUGGUGCUGUAGUUUACGUUGCAUGGAUUGCUAACAAAACUUGUAAGGAAAUUUGAGAGGAGCCAUAAAAAAUGAACUACACAGCUACUCUCUGCCCUGCUGUGAUGACUCAGCUGAUUAAUGCUGAUAUUUGCAGCACCUGCAAUGCACUGAGCCACUUUAGAGUUCAUGCUACAAUUGUUAUGUGGUCAUAGGUUCCCCUGACUGCCUCCGAAGCUGGUUCGGGUGAUCAGUGAUCUCUGAGAUGCAUUUUAGCCCAUUUAUACUUUGUACUUAGUGCUCUCCAAUAAGUACAACCAGGACAGAUGUUAAUAUCACGUGUAAAGGGGGCCAAAGUUUCUCUGCAGUGAACCAUUGUACACCAAACCACUCUGAAUAUCUUUAUUUACAUCUCAACCAUUGAAAUAUGUUGAAAUUCAGAAAAAUUUCCCUUUAAGUGGGCGAUAAUUUACAAAUGCACUGAGGCCAAAAAUCAAAGCUAUAUGGGCCGUUUGUGCUGCUGUACACUGCAGAUAUGGCCCAUCCUUAUGGGGUAAUAUAAAAAAAAUUCUUAAUUAAUUUUUUUACAUGUGUAACUGUUUUUGAGAAUUAAUUUAAAAGCACCAUAUUUUGAUUUUAAAAAGAAAAUUAUUUUUUUUCACUGGGAUCCAGUCUAUAAAUGUCUGUCAAGAAUAAAUGCACACUUAAAAAAGUGACAAAGAUAGUUUUCAGCUCAAUAAUUGAAACUAACUAGCCAGUAUACAACAUGAGUGCUCUUCAGUCAAAUAAGAAUUUAAAGUAAAUAAAAGCUUAGAUAUCCCCAGACAGCUACUGUGAUUCCUAUUAAAUUAGACGUCUGUGCAAUAGAAAAAUUAAAAGAAAUAUUUGCCCAGCGUGAGUACAUGAGAGGAUGGGUUAUGUUCCAUAUUUAAUGCUGCCAUCCAAGGUUUUACUCAGAUUCCUCCAUAAUAGUGCAAAUCAGUGCACAAGCACACCAGCCAUUAUCAGACGCUUCCGACUUGCACUGCUGCAUUGUUUUUAUUUAACACCAGCCUUAAUUUAUUUCAACAUGCAAAAUAUCUUCAUGUUAUAUGUAGAAUGUCAAAUAAUGCCUUUAACUAAAGCAAGACAACAAAGAGAAUGUGUGGUGAGGAGCUGCUCUGUGGCCCCCCAUCAUGCUAAAUGUCAAAAGUUACACAGUUUUCGCAUGAGAGCUUCUUGCAUGUUCUGCCUUCUUAAACUGUAGAAUUUUCUGGGCGACCACACAAACUCUAUAAAGCCACUCCAGGGCUGCCAACUCUCUCUCACCUCUGAGUUAGCACACAGAGAUUUUCAAAAUCAACCAUGAAUGUUAAAACCUCCUUUUUAAAACAGACGCUGAAAAAUUCUUUUCGAAAUAGCGGAAGAAGAACUGAAGUUUUUGAAUCUCUCAGAGUUGGCAGCCCUGCAAGUUAAUGUGUAUUCAAAAUAACUUUGGUAAUGUCAUAGAAGAAGAAAUGGUUUGCAUUUGUAUUCCUAAUAAAAAGAAAACUUUCUCUGUUAA